CCUGGAACAAGAGAAAGCUCAGUACACAAAGGGGUUCCAUCAACAAACAGAAAUGGUCCGUGCUGAACAUUGCACACAAAUAGAAAUGGUCCAUACUGAACAAGCGGACAUAGAAUAUCGAUUCAAAAUAAAACAAGAUAAAGACUCCGAGAAAAUUCAUAUGAUGAAAAAACAGAUCCAUGAAUUAAGUGAAGUUAAACUAGCUAAUCAACAUCUGAAACAGCAGCUUGGAGAAAUGGGAUUGUUGCAAAAACAAAUCCAGAAAGACCAUGAGGCAGAGACAGUUGAAUUAAAGAUGUCCCUGGAACACGACAAAGCUCAGUACAUGAAGGAGGUCCAUCAACUGACAAAAAUGGUCCUUACUGAAUAUCACAGUGAAAUAGAAUCAAUGAAGGAACAACAAGCUGACAUAGAAUGCAGAUUCAAAGAAAAACAAGAUAGACUCAGAGGUACCACAUUCCUUCUUGUUGUUAUAAGAUCUGAUUUUAACUGA